CCCGAGGCAACCGCAUAAUUAAUCCCCCGCGACAAAAGUUAAUUGCCGCCUGCUCCUCCAGUCCUUCCUUCCUCCUCCCCCUGCCCCCUACCCGCGAGUGAAUUCCGGAAUCCCCAAUCAAUCCACAGAGAGAGAGAGAGAGAGAGAGAGAGAGAGAGAGAGAGAGGCAGGCGACGCGGCCUCCCCCGAUUCCCAGUUCCCCCUCUCGGCCGGCCGCGACCGGAUUCGUCCCGCCAUCCCUCGCAGCCUUCGAUCCGAGCCGCGGGAGGUGCGCCCGCCGAUCGAGCGGCGGUAGGGCAGGGGAGGGAGGGAGGAGGAUGAGCUUCCAGGACCUGGAGGCGGGCAACGUCCGCGGGGCGCCGCUGGGCGGCGCGCGGCGGAACGGCCGGGGCCCCGCGGCGGGCGGCGCCGGCGCGUCGCAGGCCGUCGCGUCGGGCGUCUUCCAGAUCAACACCGCCGUCGCCACGUUCCAGCGCCUCGUCAACACGCUCGGCACGCCCAAGGACACCCCCGACCUCCGCGACAGGAUACAUAAAACACGGCAACACAUAACACAACUAGUGAAGGAUACAUCGGACAAGCUUAAACAAGCCAGUGAGGCGGAUCAUCGCGUCGAAGUUAGUGCUACCAAGAAGAUUGCUGAUGCAAAGCUAGCUAAGGAUUUCCAAGCAGUCCUUAAAGAAUUCCAGAAAGCUCAACGGUUAGCAGUAGAGAGAGAAGCUGCAUAUGCACCUUUUAUUUCUCAAGCAGGUCUGCCACAGAGCUACAACUCAAGCGAGGUGAAUGAUGGUGCUGAUAAGUUGGCUGAGCAGCGAACACAGCUUCUGGAAUCUAGAAGGCAAGAGCUUGUCUUCUUGGAUAAUGAAAUUGUGUUCAACGAGGCCAUCAUUGAGGAGAGGGAUCAGGGGAUACAAGAGAUUCAACACCAAAUUACUGAAGUAAACGAAAUCUUCAAAGAUCUUGCUGUGCUAGUCCACGAUCAAGGAGCAAUGAUUGAUGACAUUGACUCCCAUAUAGAGAAUGCAGUUGUUGCAACUUCACAGGCAAAAGGCCAGCUUUCAAAAGCUGCUAAAACUCAGAAAUCAAACUCUUCACUGAUAUGCUUGUUGCUGGUCAUUUUCGGAGUUGUCCUGCUCAUAGUGAUAAUAGUCCUUGCAGCCUAAAAAGCUUGAAGGGCACCUGAGGCUCCGAAAUCUGAUCAAGCUGAGCGCGAAGAAUUCCUUCAUAAGUUAUUUUUGCUAUGCGGUCAGGAAUGUAUCCUGGUUUCCGCCUGGAGGUGGUGGUUGGCGUUCUGGUUGUGGUAUGGUGGUGUAUGUGGUGUUGGUGUGCGCCUGGAAUGCAUCAGUUCAUAUAAGCAUAAUCGUUUCCUGUCAGCGUAGUGCCUCUUGUCUCACAGCCUUCUUUGUUUAUAUCUGUAAUGUAACUUGGAUGAAUGCGUGCUGUAGAACAAGGAGGUUUACAUUAUCUGUGGCAUGACAUUUCUUGAUUCCGUAAGAAAUCAUUUGCAAUAUAUCAAUUUGGUGUUCCUUCUCC